GUAAGAGGAAACCUUAAAGCCUCAGCUAAGCCCACUUUUACCUCCGCUUUCCCUCCAUUUUGACCCACGCAGAGACGCGCACAUGGCAGCAUCAGCCCCGCAGCGAGCAGACCGAGGCGCCCGAAUGCUGACCUUGGCUUUAGUCCUCAUAGGCACAAUCGUGAAUGCUGGAGUUGGAGCACAAGAUGAGGACAUUGUCACAGAGGCGAUACCAACCAUGCGUCCAGAAGACUACAUCCGAGGAGAUAUGAUUCCGGGUGUGACUCCUCCUGACAGUGACUAUGAAAAACUCACAGCUCUGUUAGACUCUGACGAACCCGCUGAGCAAACUACACUCGUGCCAACUCCCGUACCAACGACUGACGAAGAGGAAGCGACUGCGGCCAAAAGUGAUGCAGCUGACGACGGACAGGUCACCAUCGAGGUGUAUCCUGACCAACCCCAAAUCCAGGAGCAACAGACCCCUGCACCUUUGCCCGGUAGAGGAGACGGCCCAGACAACAUUCUCAGGAGCGAUGUAGUGUGUGUCGGGAAAGAGGUGCUCCAGGAUAAAAACGCUGUCAAUCUGAAACUCGCCCACUCUUCCAACUGUGAAACGACCAAAAUGAUGAUUCAGAGUGUUAUCGAGGAGUUGUGCGGGGAUGACUGCAAGCUAGAGCUCUACCAGGAGGAGAACACAGACCAGAUCCUUGUUUCUGGACAGUAUGUUGAAGAUGAUAUCAAAGGCAUGGUGAACAAGUUUAACAACGAUAACAUCAAAGAUAAGGCCGGAGUAAAGGAGGCGGUUCCUCACUGGAGGAAGAACUCUAAACUGGUGCUGGUUUCCCUGCUGGUCACUGGCUUGCUUUUGGCCGCACUGCUGGCAGCUGGGUAUUACUUUAAGACCCACCGCAAGAAUUCCAAAGGAGUCCGGCUGGCCGAGUCCUACCAGGUGGAUGAGGAGAACCAGGCCAACACCCUGGUGUCUGUCGCCCCCUUGCCUCAAGAGCCCCUUGACAAGGCCACCGCCAACGGAGACUCUCCGCCAGAAUACGGAAACAACCCCUCCCCGACCACUAACGGCCACUCUGCCGCUGCCCAGACCCCAGUGGCCGACACAGAGAUGUGAAUCUUGACACACCCCCCCGACCUUAAACCUUCAACCACCGGUUUCAUACACUACCCACAAUCCCCAACUGCUGCCUCGAAGGGUUUCCACACUUUGGAGAGACAAAUUGAGCAAAAUCAACUGUCCUUCUUACCUGCAACCAACUCCUACUGCCCCUAACUCCGCCACUCCAAACUGGCUCUGUGUUUCCCUCAGGCCGAGUCCUACCAGGUGGAUGAGGAGAACCAGGCCAACACCCUGGUGUCUGUUGCCCCCUUGCCUCAGGAGCCCCUUGACAAGGUCACCACCAACGGAGACUCUCCGCCAGAAAAGAGAACCAACUUACCCGACCACUAACGGCCACUCUGCCGCUGCCCAGACCCCAGUGGCCGACACAGAGAUGUCAACUAAUCAAUCAACGUUUACUUAUAUAGCCCUGAAUCACAAAUGUCUCAAAGGGCUGUGAAUCUUGACACACUACCCCGACCCUAAACCUUCAACCACUGGUUUAAUACACUACCCACAAUCCCCAACUGCUGCUGCUUUGAAGGGUUUCCACACUUUGGAGAGACAAAUUGAGCAAAAUCAACUGUCGUUCUUACCUGCAACCAAUUCCCACUGCCCCUAACUCCGCCACGCAGGAUGAGGGAGACAUCAGUGAGGUCCAUCAUGACAAUAAUGACAAUGCCUGUAAUGUGAAAAGUCUGCCUUCCGAGAUGAGUCCAUUUAUUUGGGACGGAAACAGCUCAGAAUGGUGCUGACUGGCAUCUUGAAGUAACAGAAAUUCUAGAGUCACUCGAGUAAUGUGCUGUUGGUCCUCAACAUUAGUUACUUUUCACACCAAGGAAGGAGACCAGGUUUUAUAUUAUUGUACAAACGUAUUGUUUUUUGUUUAUUGUGCUUUUGUAUUUUAUUUUUUCAUCUUCUAAUGCACCCGAUAGCUCAUCAAAACAGUAAAAUGUACAACUGGUAAUGUCAAUUAUAUCAAUGAAUUAAUCCUCUUCGCCCUUUCAAGAGCAUAGGGUCUCAGCGAGUUGUCUCCACCUCUUUCGGUCCUCUUCAUCCUCUUGCCACGAGGUGUUGGCUCUGCCUAGAUCAGGGGUCGGCAACCCGCGGCUCCGGAGCCGCAUGCGGCUCUUUUAUCACUCUGAUGCGGCUCAGCUGCAUACUUGUCGACCCCCUCGAUUUACCCGGGAGACUUCCGGAUUUCAGUGCCUCUCGCAGACAACUCCCGGGAUUAAUAUUCUCCAAUUUUCACCCUUACAAUAAUAAUAAGGGCGUGCCAUGAAGGUACAGCAUUUAGCACCUUCUACAAUCUGUAUUAACAGCGUGCCAGCCCAGCCUCUGGUUAUAUGCAUCUUCUGCUUGCACACGUAAGUGACAGCAA